AUGAAGUUCACCACUGCUCUCGUCUCUGCCGUUCUGGCCUUCACCCCCUUCGCCGAGGCAGCUCCUCGCAACACUCGCCGAGGAGACUCUAGCAAGCCUCUCAGUCUGACUGCCCAGCUUCGACUCGCUGAUACUGCCGCUGACCGCUUUGCUCUCCUCCCCGAAGACGAUGACUUUGUCUUUGACUUCAACAAGAAGCAGGAUAACCCUGGAAAGGGCGGCGAGCUCAUCGCUGCCAACCGUGCCAACUUCCCUGCUCUUGUUGGUACUGGUGCUGGUAUGGCUUUUGGCAGAAUCGAUCCCUGUGGCAUGAACACUCUUCACGUUCACCCUCGCUCCGCCGAACUCCAAGUCGUCACCUCCGGCCGUCUCAUCACCGAGAUGGUCCCUGAGAACGGCGUCCUCGACAAGGAUGGCAAGCGUCGUGUUAUCCGCACCGAGCUCACAGCCAACAUGAUGACUCCCUUCUACCAAGGCUCCAUCCACACCCAGUUCAACCCCGACUGUGAACCCGCUACCUUCAUCGCCACCUUUGCAACUGAGGACUUUGGCACUGGCCAGAUCGCUGAUGAGCUUGUGUCCCUAAGCGACGAUGUCAUUGCUGCUACCUUUGGCCAGAGCAUCGCCGGUGAGGAUAUCGACAAGGUUCGCCAGGCUGUUCCUGAGAGCAUUGCUCUGGGUGUUGACAAGUGCCUCGAGACCUGUGGCCUCAAGAAGCGAUCCAUCUAA